AUGCCUGCACCUCCAGAAUUCAUCAAGUUCAUCGACGAUAAUGCUGAAAGUGUUAUCAACCGUCUCGCUGAGGCAGUUGCAAUCCCAAGUGUGAGCGGCGACGCCAAGCAUAGACAGGAUGUCUUCAAGAUGGCCCACUGGCUGAACGCUCAGCUUAAAUCAUACGGCGUUGAAACCCGGCUUACCGAUCUCGGAAAGCACGUUAUGGAUGGUCAGGAGCUCCAGCUGCCUCCUGCGAUUCUGGGAAAGAUUGGAAACGACCCGAAUAAGAAGACCGUGCUUAUCUACGGCCAUUUUGAUGUUCAGCCCGCCAAUCUUUCUGAUGGAUGGUCCUCUGAACCGUUUACGUUGACCAUCAACCACGAGAAUGGACAGCUAGUGGGACGUGGAUCCACAGAUGACAAGGGUCCCAUUCUUGGUUGGCUCAAUGUUCUCCAGUACCACGCCGAGAACAAGAAAGAGCUACCAGUCAACAUCAAAUUCUGCUUUGAAGGGAUGGAAGAGAGCGGAAGCGAGGGACUUGAUGAACUUGUUGAGAAGGAGGCACAACCUGGAGACUGGUUUGACGGCGUAGACUGUGUUUGCAUCUCCGAUAACUAUUGGCUCAACACCCGAACGCCCGUCCUGACUUAUGGAUUACGCGGAAUUUCUUACUUCAAGAUCAAUAUCACCGGUCCUAGUUGGGAUCUGCACUCUGGUGUCUUCGGACGCACGAUACACGAACCUAUGACCGACCUCGUUAUGCUUAUGUCCAAGCUUGUGGAUACACAAGGCCAUAUCCUUAUUCCCGGCGUGGAAGAAAUGGUCCCGCCAGCAUUUGCGGAUGAACGCUCUAUAUACGAGAAACUGGAUUAUGCCAUCGAGGACAUCGAAGCAGCCGCCGGUGCUAGCAUCGCACUGUCUUCCGACAAGGUUGAGGUGCUGAUGGGACGGAUGAGAUCGCCAAGUCUAUCGCUUCACGGAAUUGAAGGUGCAUUUUAUGGUGCUGGCGCUAAAACUGUCAUUCCAGCCAAGGUCGCUGGGAAGUUCAGUAUCAGACUAGUACCCCCUCAGACACCAGAGAACAUUGCGCCCCUUGUAAACACGUAUCUGGAAGCUGAAUUUGCAAAACUGGGAAGCAAGAAUAAGAUGGUGAUAGAAGAGCUUCAUGGAGGUAGGCCGUGGCUGGCAGACCUGAAUCAUUGGAACUUUGAGGCUGCCAAGGCAGCUACCAGGGCGGUGUACAAGCAGGAGCCCGACAUGACGAGGGAAGGUGGAUCCAUACCCGUUACGUUAACAUUUGCCGAAGCUCUUGGUGCGAAUGUUGUCCUUCUGCCUAUGGGGAGAGGGGAUGAUGGUGCACAUUCCACGAAUGAGAAGCUAGAUCGCUCCAAUUUUAUCGAAGGAUCUAAGCUUCUAGGCACUUAUCUCUACGAACUUGCGGCCGUUCAGGGGAAGAAGUAA